AUAUAUUGACAUUCCACCCACACAUUCACAAUGGGCUCUAGAAAAACCGUGCGCAGACCGCCCACCAGCGUCGAAUCCGACAUCAAACCCGGCAACAAACUCCGCCGCAAGGCCCUGCACAUCAAACGCAAGAAGAACAAGGACGUCACGCGGCGCGAGGCCCGAUAUGCAGUCAAGAAGGAGGAAUCCAAGAACCCCCGGCUGCGGGAGGAGCGUCUACGGCGGAAUAUCCCGCUGACGCUGGACCGGAAGCGUGUGUGGGAUGACGGCGCCGGCAGCGACGCCGAGGGCGACGGACUCGGACUGAGCGUUGACGUGGAGCGCAUCAAGCGACAGAAGCAGGAGGAGGAGGACGAGCUGAACCGCCCGCUGAAGAAGGGCGAGCAGUCGGAUGAGUCGGAGGAUAGCGACGAUGAUGAUGACAACGACAGUAUGUUGGCGAGUGACGACGACGAGGACGAAGAGGGAGAGGGGAGCGACGAGGACAACGACCGCGGCCGCUCGAAGCAGCCAAGGAAGUCAACCCUGCGGUCCGCCACAGAGCGCGCCACAAGCCCCUCGCAAUCAACACGGAGCACAAACCUGAGCCUCGCGCCCGAAGCCCUCGCCGCCAAAUUCCCGACCCUCUUCAACGGCGAGACGCCCACGACGCCCAAGAUCCUCGUCACGACCGGCCGCCACGGAACCCUCCACGACGAAGCCCAGACCCUCACCGGCCUCUUCCCCAACAGCACGUACAUCAAGCGCAGCGCGCACCGGUUCUCGUACGAGUUCUCCAUCCGGGAGAUCGCCAAGUUCGCCACAAACCGCAACUACACCGCGCUGGCCGUGCUGCAAGAGGACCAGAAGCGGCCGUCCGCGCUGGAAAUCAUCCACCUGCCGCAGGGCCCCUCCUUCCACUUCACCAUCAGCAACUGGAUCGCGGCGAAGAAGAUCCCCGGGCACGGAAACCCCACGGAGCACUGGCCGGAGCUGAUCCUCAACAACUUCCGCACGCCGCUGGGUCUGCUGACGGCCCAUCUCUUCCGCUCGCUGUUCCCGCCGCAGCCCGACAUCGAGGGCCGCCAGGUCGUCACGCUGCACAACCAGCGCGAUUACAUCUUCGUGCGCCGCCAUCGCUACAUCUUCCGCGAGAAGCGCGAGACCGAGAAGGCUGUCGUCGGCGCCGACGGCAAGGAGAUGAAGGGCGCGGAGAACCUCAAGGCCGGUUUGCAGGAGCUGGGACCGCGCUUUACGCUGAAGCUGCGCCGGGUCGAUAAGGGGAUCCAGCGGGGGAGUGGGCAGGAGUGGGAGUGGAAGGGAGGGAUGGAGAAGAAGCGUACAUUGUUCCAACUGUGAUACCUUUUCUUUACUUUAUUUCAUAUAUCUACACUGUCUUUUUGCACUGUCAUAUAGGGUUCUGGGCGGAGUUUGGUUCUCCAAUAAAAGAAUUGCUGUCUUAUCA